UGGCUCAAGAUGUGUGACGCAUAAAUUGUCCAGUAAGAAAAUCCGGCGACAAAAGAGAUGGCAACGGAAAUGACGUGAGCGCAGAUACAGCCUUUUGUGUUUCCCAUCUCCAGGCGUAUAUAUAUAUAUAUAUAAAAAGAAGAUACGUUGCCUCAAAUCAGUUUGAAUGUUUCUCACUCCGAUCCAAUUCGCCUAAACUUUUCUCCUCUCGAAGAGAUGCUUCUGCUCUCCUCUCCGCCAGUCGUUUCGUUUCCCGCCAAUCCCACCCUCUUUGUCUCCUCGCCGGCCAGAGUGAGCUCCGCUGCCGUCUCCGCCGCCUCUAGAGAUGUCGACAGCUUCACGGAUAGAUCCGGUUACCUGUUCCGUCUCAGCGCCGAUGAAGCCGACUCCUUGUCCGAGUACAGUGUCCCCAGGAUCGCUAGGAUUUAUAGGAAGAAGCCCCUGUUCCUGCUUCGCAGGUUAUUCCAGACGGGGUUUACAUUUGGUUCCUGGUUCGGGAUGCGUUUAGCGGAUGAGGUUCUGGAGCGUUCUGAUCAGAUGUUCAAGGUACGAGCCGCGCAGCUUAGGAGAAUACUGGUCGAACUUGGCCCCGCUUACGUCAAAAUUGCUCAGGCUGUUUCAUCUCGUCCUGAUUUGAUACCUCCUUCGUACUUGGAUGAACUCUCCCUCCUACAAGAUCAGAUAACUCCUUUUUCAACCGAAGUUGCUUUCAAUAUGAUAGAAGAAGAACUUGGCCUUCCUAUAUAUGAGCUUUUCUCUGAGAUUUCCCCAGAGCCUGUUGCUGCAGCGUCCCUUGGGCAGGUAUAUCAAGCUAGGCUUCGUCGGACUGGAGAGGUUGUUGCCGUUAAAGUGCAAAGACCUGGGGUGCGAGCUGCUAUUUCUCUGGACAUACUAAUCCUACGUUUUCUAGCAGGCUUGAUAAAAAAGUCGGGGAGAUUCAACUCAGAUCUCCAGGCAGUCGUUGAUGAGUGGGCUACAAGCCUCUUUAAGGAGAUGGAUUAUAUGAAAGAGGCCCAAAACGGAAUAAAAUUUAGGCAAUUGUAUGGCGACAUUAAAGAUGUUCUGGUUCCAAAGAUGUACACAGAGUACACUACCCGUAGAGUUCUUGUGAUGGAAUGGGUGGAGGGUCAGAAGCUUAUCGAAGUUAAGGAUCUUUAUCUGGUCGAGGUUGGAGUUUACUGCUCAUUUAAUCAACUUCUGGAGUAUGGAUUUUACCAUGCCGAUCCCCACCCUGGCAACUUUUUGCGCACAUAUGAUGGGCAACUGGCAUAUUUAGAUUUCGGAAUGAUGGGAGAAUUUAAGCCAGAGUUACGUGAUGGAUUCAUGGAAGCAUGCCUUCAUCUUGUAAAUCGAGAUUUCAAUGCACUUGCUAAGGACUUUGUAACUCUCGGGCUUCUUCCACCAACAGCAGAGAGAGCUGCUGUGACAAAGGCUUUAACAGAUGUUUUUCAAGCUGCAGUUGCCAGUGGAGUUCGGAACAUUAGCUUCAGCGACCUGAUUGGCAAUUUAGGAAAAACGAUGUACAGAUUCAAAUUCAGAAUACCCCCAUACUUUUCUCUUGUAAUUCGAAGCUUGGCUGUUUUGGAGGGCAUCGCCAUCAGUAUAAACCCCAACUACAAGGUUUUGGGCAGUACAUACCCUUGGAUCGCCAGAAAAAUUUUGACUGACAGCUCGCCCCAACUUAAAAGUUCUCUGCAAAAUCUUCUUUAUGAGGAAGGUGUUUUCAGGAUUGAUCGGCUUGAGUCGUUGCUUACUGAGUCUCUUCGAACAGAAACAUCACUAGUUCAGAACCCGGUGGUGGACACGGGUUCAAGGGUCGUCAUCAAGCAAAUGCUUACCUUCACUUUCACUGAGAAGGGUUCGUUUGUAAGAGAAAUACUUCUUCAAGAACUUGCUAAGGGUAUAGAUGCAUUUGGGUUGGCAACUUUGGACUCCUUCACUUCGGUGGCUUCUACGAGUAUACCCUUUGCUGGUUCGAGGUCACGUACUUCGUUGACAGAGGAAGACCGCAUAAACCUAAGAACAUUCUAUCGACUCAUCUCACUAUUCUCAGGGAUGCAAGAGACAGAAAGGUUUAGCACGGAAGAAAAACCGGUUGGUGGAAAUGGAAAGGGAAGUGAGUCGCUAAAGGAAACAGCCAUCGUCUUGUAUCAACAACUUCCAUCUGCUCAAGACGUUCUGCCAAUCCUUUCAGUUUUACCCGAGCUUCCACAAGAGACGCAACAGCGGUUGAUGCAGUUGCCAGGUGACUUAGUGGGAAGAUUGGCCUCUCGCGCUGUGGCUCGUACCAUCCGCAGGAUCCUUCUGUGACGAUAGAAAAGCUAUCCUUUAAAAGUACAAUAACAGAAUCACAUUCAGAAAUAUGGCUCAAUAUUCAGUCCUGUACUACCAUUCGAGUUGUCCAUUCGGCUCAAAUAUGCCCGUCCGUGUUGUUUAGGUCCAACAUUUUUUUAAAAAUAAUUUAUGUAAUUUUUUCCUGUUUUUACACUAUAUAGUUCUGAAAAAUUGUGUUUUUAAAUAGUUUGUUUGAGAAAAUCUAUUUAUCA